UGGCGGGCUCAAACCACACGUUGCCACCUCUGCGCCACCUACUGCCUCCUCGAUACUUGUCUUCUUCUUCUUCUUCUUCUGCCCUCCCCUUUGCCUAGUCUCUACGUUUCAUUCUGUUAACACAGGCAGAAGCUCAGAUUCCAGAAGCUCUAAAAAAUGGAAUUAUUGACGGAUCCCUUAUUUUAAUAUAUUGACAUCGGUUCUCGUGCGUCUAUCGGAUCGGUUUGUCAUGGCAUCGGCAGCGGUGAACAAGAUCGAGCGGGCACACCAGAUGUACCGGGAGGGACGGUACUCGGAGGCGUUAGGUUUUUACACCGAGGCCCUGGCCCUGGCCAAAACCAAGCCCCAAAUGAUCGCUCUUCAUAGCAACCGGGCCGCUUGUUUUCUCAAACUCCACGAUUUCAACAAGGCUGCAGAAGAAUGCACCUCAGUUCUUGAACUUGAUCACAAUCACAGUGGAGCACUAAUGCUGCGGGCCCAAACACUUGUCACCCUUAAGGAGUAUCACUCGGCACUCUUUGAUGUCAACAGACUCUUGGAUUUGAAUCCAUCAUCAGAAGUUUAUCAAAACCUUCAAGCUCGUUUGAGGGGACAAUUGUCACUUGCUCCAAUAGCUGAAUCUGAAGCAGAGCUAGAAGAUGAGGAAGAGUAUAAAGAUGAAUCAGAACCAAGUGGAAAUGCAGAAAGCGAACAAUACAAGGAAGAAGAAAAUGCGGUAGUUACAGCAGGAAUAGAUCAGAAAGAGUUUGAUGGGACUCUUAUAAAUGCCGACGUUAAUGUGCCAGAGAUGCAGAGGCCCAAGGAAUCAUAUGAACAGGAAAGAGAGAAAUCCAAGCCUGCAAAGAACUCUUUUACUGCUGUAGAGAUUGCCCCUAAAGUGCAGAGCAACGAGGAAUUGUUUGAACAAGAUUCUAAAGGAUGGCAAACAAUUCCAAAACCAAAGGGACACUCAACUCUAGACUAUGCAAGGUGGGACAGAGUUGAAGACAAUUCUAGCGAAGAAGAUGAUGAUGAAGAAGAGUCUUGCCCGCAGUAUAAGUUUCGUGUGAAAACCAUUGGUAUGCGACCGGUAAAGUGAGAGAACCAAUAUUUUUGUACUGUACAUGUAGAUGCCCGUUCUGAUCCCCAACAUCAGCACGGGAAAAAAGUUAAUCCCCAGAGAGAGAGAGAGAGAGAGAGAAUUAUUUGGGAACCUCCCAUUUGGGGCUAUCAUGUCCAAACUUAAGCCAGGAACGACCAACUUUGACUGGUAAGUGAGCUUGGCAAUAGAACAGAUGGAUGCAUGUGCAAUGUGUACGAGAGGAUUUUCAUGCCAACCUCCGGCUCGAGAAAAUCAACCAUUUCAGUCUGGUUUCUCCUAUUGUGCAGCAAUUCAAAUGCUUUAUUCUAUCUAACAGUGUUGCGUGGAGGGACGGUGCCAACCAUUCUACUGACAACUACCAGAAGCACAGGUUUAUAUGAAUUCUAGAUCCGCAAUAACGUGCCUAUGUAUAUAAUUUAUAUGGGACAUUCAUAUGUAUGUUUUAUAAUUGAGAAUGCUUAGGAAAGGAAAUGCUUUGUGAUGGUUUGUGUCAGCAUCUACUCUGUAGGGUUCAAUAGAUAUCAUUUAAUUUCCUGCAACUUGUUCAAAACUGAGUUUAUGAUUUUACUUGGUUGAAAUAAAGCAUGAAUUAUAAUCCAA